AUGGCGGGGCGGUCGUGGCGCGAGGUGAAAGAAGCCCUGCGCGCCAUCGCGCCCAUCUGCACGGCGCACGACGAGAACGGCAUCGACGUCUACUUCCUCAACGCGCGCAGCGGCAACAACCCGGAGGGCGGCUACCGCAACAUCAAGAGCGCCGACCAGGUCGAGUUCCUCUUCACCAACGUGCGGCCCUCGGGCGGCACCCCGACGGGGACACGCAUCAACCACAUCCUGAAACCGUACCUGCGCCAUUACGAAAGACAGAUCCAGCGCACGGGCAACCCGGACGACUGCGGCGUGAAACCGGUCAACAUGAUUGUCAUCACCGACGGCGUCCCCACCGACGACCCGGAGUCGGUCAUUGUCAGCAUCGCCCGCAAGCUCGACAAGCUCGAGGCCCCGCCCCACCAGGUGGGCAUCCAGUUCUUCCAGGUUGGUCGGGAGAGGGGCGCCGCCGAGGCGUUGCGGGAUCUGGAUGACGGCCUGGCCCAGCAGGGCGGCGGAGUUCGAGACCUGGUCGACACGGUCACCUGGGACGGCAGGGAUGGCUCUGCCAAUGUGCUUUCGGCCGAGGCUAUCCUCAAGGUUGUUCUGGGAGCUGUGGUGAAGCGUCUAGACCGCCGCCGCGUGGGCCUUACCGGGGACCGUCUUGCACCGUGA